CGUUGUUUUGAUCCCCUCGACCUCCAUUGACUGACGUCCAUAUCGGCUUCCCUCUCCCCUGCGAAUCCGUCAAUCCAUCACAGGAAACAGGGUUUCAAUUUGCCUAGGGUCUACAGUUCAUCAGCCUCACUGUUUGGCUCUCUAUACAGAAGGGCUGCCUCAUACUGACCCGGACACUUUGCGCAAGCAACUUGGAGAGGUUGGGUGUUUGCUACUGGAGUUUCAGGCCCAGUGAUUGAUUGAUUGAUCGUAGACCUUUCCCUCUUCGCCCACCUUACUUCACUUUCCAACUGGGUGACCUUCACCUGGAAAUUUCCAACUUUUUGCACCUCGACUUUUCCCCCUCCUUCCUUGACCACAAAAAAUUACGUGCUAUAAGUCGGCAUCGCCAACAACCAGAUCCAAUCGAGAUUCAAACCCAGGAUACAAAGUUUUUCAACCCUAGGAAAAAUCUUUAAACAUCUGGCAUCUUGUUUGCGAUUCCGGCUUCUUAUUCACCUCGACCUUCCCAUCUCAACCACAACCACCAAAGAUCACACUACCAUCAAACCCAUCUGCCGCAGUCCAACAUGGCCUACAAUGAUGAUGCUGUGCUGGCAAAGCUGUCAGCCUUGAAUGAGAGCCAUGAUAGCAUUGCAACUGCGGCACAAUGGAUCAUGUUCCAUAAGCGACAUGCAGAUCGUACAGUGCAGCUCUGGCUGCAGCGCCUUCGUGAUUCAACAAGUACCAAGAGACUGAGCUUAAUCUACCUGGCAAACGAGGUCACCCAGCAGUCAAAGGCCAGGCACAAGGAGGAUUUUCUCACCGCCUUCUCUCCGGUCAUCGCAGAGGCGACAGCAUUGGCCUAUAAGGGCGCCCCAGCUGAGAUCCAAAACAAGCUCAGAAGAGUCAUGGACGUAUGGAAGGAUCGCUUCAUAUUUGAGCCGCCUGUUCAGCAGGCCAUCGAGGCGCGCAUUGAUGAACUUGACAAGGCCCGCGGAACUGCAAAGGCAACCUUUACCGGCCCUGCGGUUGGUGGCCCGUCUAUUCCUGCAGAGCUUACUCCGCUCGUCACCUCGCAUCAGGACGUCUCGAAGCUCAACCUGCCCACCAAGACGGCCAUCAGCACGGCCAACCAAGACUUUGAGAAGGUCACAGACCCCUCGACGCCUGUGCCUUCGGCCCCCGUCUACGCUGCGCGCCUCAACGGGCUAUUGAAGAGCCUAGCCAGUGCCGAGGGCGCUGUUGCUGAAUGUGUCAAGGCCCGAAAGGGUCUCAUUGGCGAACUUGAAAAGCUUCUCAGCGCAAGUCAGGAGGCGCUGGCUAACGACGAAAAGCAGUACGCCGAAUUGACCUCGCGGAAGGCCGAGACCGAGGAAAAGAGACGCGAGAUCGAGCAGGCCAUUAUGCGCGGUCUGCCUGCCCACGAGGCUUCGCAAUCCCCGGGCAACGGAGCAUCCAAGACCCCAGAGCCGGAGAGGCCGGAGAUCGAGGCGCUCACUCCCCCGCCCGUCGAGGCUUUCACGCCGCCGUCUGUGGAGGCACUGACGCCUCCACCUAUUCACGAUGAGCCAGCUGUCCUUCACCAUGCAGAUGCCGACCGCGCACGCUCGGCGUCAAGCCAGCGAUUCCAGCCGCCCGCCGCAUCUGGCAUUGAAAUGCUGUCUGCUCUCGCCUCCCAGUACCAGUCGAUCCCUGUCUCGGCCAACGGCGCGAACAAGAGACGUCGACUUGAUGGAGAUGAUUUUCCGGACCUCGGAGGUGACGAUGGCAUUGAUGCCGACGUGGCUGAGAUGCUGCGCAAGGAGAGCAACGGCAGCGCUUGAGAAGACGCCUGUGUCACGGAAUACCCAGCCUCACCGACUCCGUUGCUAGCUGUAGCACAUUUUUAGAGCACUGAGAGGGACCUUGUAAUAUUAUACUAGAAAGAACGCGGGAAGUGUCCUUGACCUGCACAGCCAUCAUGCAGUCUGGGCUGUCUGAAGGCUAAAGCAAAGGGUCAACACUUUCCAACUUGUUGUACUUGGAACUAUCCAUAAUGGGGCCAGAUAGGGAGCAGACAUCAUCAACUCUGGGGCCAUCUGUGGAGAGAGGUCUCGAUGGGGGACGGUCUUCCUGUAGAUCUGACUUGGACGGCAGGAUUGGUUCUCGUUGCGGCCUCACACCCAUGUACAUAAAAAGACACUCAGAAGCCGUGGAUCAUAGCAAUGAAAAAACAGACAAUUGUGAAAUAGCUU